AUGGGGGCCGGGAUUGGAAUUCAAUUGCAAACACCAGAAGGAACUACGCUGAGCCAAGCGAUAAGGCUAGAGUUCAGCGCGACCAACAAUGAGGCAGAAUACGAGGCGCUGAUAGCCGGGUUGAAGUUGGCUAAGGAAUUGAAGAUCAACAAUCUGAUGGCUUAUAGUGACUCGCAAUUAGUCAUUCGACAAGUCAAUGGGGACUAUGGAGCCAAGGAUGAGACUAUGGAAGCAUACCGAACUGCGGUUCUGCGUGAGGUGAAAGCCUUUGAUCAGAUCAGGUUUAUCCAGUUGCCAAGAGAGUAUAACGAAGAUGCCGAUCGCUUGGCUUGUAGCGCAUCUAGUUCUGGAGAUACUUUAGCUAGGGUCAUCCCGGUCGACAUACUGAUCCAACCUUCCAUUUUUGAAGAACUGCCUGAUCCGAGCACUCAACAUGUUAAUGUCAUACCAUAUGAGCCGAGCUAG